AUGGCUACGAUCGUUUGCCACCACCACCGAGGCCUACAGUCGUGUCUCGAGUCGCUGAUAGCUGAGCCGAGAGCGUUGAGGCUAACGCUAUCUUCGUCGAGGUCCCAUUCCGUUAAUUCGAAUCCUGAACCGGGUGGCUUGAGUGUACUCCAAGCUAUGUUCGAUGGUCCUAGGUUGCCGACUGAAGGGAAUGGAAACACUUAUGUUCAUCCUUUAGUCAAGCGUUCUUUGUCUGCUCUGAGUGAUAAGAGCCUGGAGCUGUGCACCGAGAAUUUGGGCAGCGAGACGGGAAGUGACGAUGUCCUCGACGACGACGACGACAUUUUCUCGUUGUCGCCUUCAUCGAAUACUCGGACAUGGAAACAACAUAUAUCGCGACGAGUAUCGGGCGGUAAGAAAGCAUUCGGAGUCGAUUUCCCGCCUCCGUUGACGACGAUAAGCGGGGCCGAAUCGCUUCGAGUUCGACCCUAUCGCGAAAACGGAAGGUUGGUAAUAACAGCCGAGAAGGCUCCAUAUAACAGCACAAUCUUCCGAGCCGAACGAAGCAAUGGCCGCCUUCGACUAUGCGUUAUGAAAGACUAUGAAGAAGAAACAGCAGCCGAGGAGGAAAAUGACAACAUUGAUAAUGGAAACGAUGAAGAAGAUGAACUGGAAAACGAUAGCAACGCCAUAGUCGAAGAAGAAGAAAUGGGGAGGACAAAGCUAGAAAGGAGGGAAAGAAGAAGCGGCGGCGUUGGCGGCGGAGCGGGGUGCAAAGGAGGUGGACAUGAAGAACAAAAGAUGGCUAAAUUGGGUGGCUACAGCCAUAAUUUUGUUCUGGAUUUGCCUGUAUGA